AUGUGCAAAAGAAACUGUCAAAGUCUGGAUGCAAAUCUCGUAUCUGUGCACAAUAAACCUGAACACGAUUUUCUGCUGAGUCUGUGGCCUUCUUCAAUAAUUUGUUGGGCUGGUGGACAUGAUGGUGAACAAGAAGGACAGUGGGUGUGGAGUGAUGGAACUGCAUUUGAUUAUACCUACUGGUGCUCUGGAGAGCCUAACAAUGUCGGUGUAGGUGGUGAAAACUGUGUGGAGAUCAUCACCUUGAGCUCUUACCGUUGUUGGAAUGAUGUGCCCUGUUCAUCCUCAAAGAACUAUGUUUGUGCUAAAAACCUGUGAGAUCAUAUGCAUAUUAUAUCCUGCUCCACAGAUACUUUGAUUAUACAUUUACAUUUUCUGACUUAAUUUUAAAAUCUCUUCUAUACUUUAAUCUCUUCUCCAUUCCUUCUCUGAAACACUAAUCAAAUCAAUA